AUGAUGAGCUAAAUUAACAAAGAAAAAACAAAAAAAAAGCAAGCACAAUAAAAAGAAAAAGAAUAAAGAGCUUUAUUGUUUUUAAUUAGUUUUUAUAAUUUAAAAUAUCACAAUCCAAAACAAAUAAACUGUUUUUACGAAAGGCCAAGUGUCAAAUUUGAGAGAUUAAUGCAAUUUGCUAAAGCAGAACCUAAGCCUGAUGCACCUUCAUCACCAAUUUAAUUGUAACUUUUUAAAUAUUGA